AUGGCGGGCCGCACCUUCCUUUGUAGGCUAGUCCUCUACGCCAUCUUCUCCAUCACUGUUGUCAGCCUGUUCACCAAAUCUGGAGCGCCUUCCUUCUUCUACCGAUUCUCCAACUCGGCUGCACUCCAACAAGAAGAGAUUUUUUGUCCACAAGCCGAGCUCGCCGACGACGUUUUAGUCGUCCUCCGCACAGGCGCCACCGAGUCUCGCGAAAAGCUGCCCGUGCACUUCAGGACGGCCCUCCGAUGCGUGCCCCAUUUUGUCGUCUUCUCUGAUCUUGACGAGACGAUUGAGGGGCAUGAGGUCCACAAUGUUCUGGGAGGCGUCAGCGACCAAACACGGAAAGAGCAUGAGGAUUUCAAACUGUACCACCAGCUGCACACGCAUGGAAACCGAGGCCCGCAAAACCAGCACAUCUUCACCGCACAAUCAGGGUCCUUCAAGGGGGACUAUCUCCAGACAGAGAACAACGGGUGGAAGCUCGACAAGUGGAAGUUCCUACCCAUGAUUGACCAGGCGUAUGCGAAGAAGCCAGACGCCAAGUGGUAUGUGUUCAUCGAGGCAGACACGUACCUAGGCUGGAACAACCUCCUAGAGUAUCUUGGCGGUUUCGACGAGAGUAAGUCCUACUAUAUCGGGAAACAUCUUUACAUCAACGAUGUAGAAUUCGGCUAUGGCGGCGCAGGCUUCGUGCUGUCUAAUCCUGCCAUGCGCAAGGCUUCCGAGCAGCGGUCGGCCAACCUCCAGCACUACGAGGAGUUUACCCAGUCCCACUGGGUUGGCGACUGCGCACUGGGCAAGGUGCUUGAAGACAUAAAUGUUCCUUUACACCGCGGUUUCCCGCAUUUCCAGAGCGACUCGCCGGCAACCGUAGACCCGGCCGUCAUGAAGAUCGACCGCGAUCUGUGGUGCUACCCCACCAUCACCUACCACCACGUCUCGCCCACCGAGAUUGACGAACUGUGGCGCUUCGAACAGGACUGGUACAAGCAGCACGAAAUCGUCCUGCGCCACCGUGAUGUCUUCAUCUCAUACGUCCGCCCCAAGAUCGGCACAUCCGUGUCGUACUGGGACAACAUGUCUGUAGACGCAGAGUACAACGCGCACGACCACGCCUCGUCGCCGAACAAAGAAGAGCGGGAGGCGUGGAAGUCGUUUGCGCAUUGCCACGCACUGUGCGAGAGCCAAAGCAAGUGCAUACAAUUCUCCUUCGACUCGGGGAGCUGCUCCGUCUCAAACUCGUUCCGACUCGGCUACGCCAAGCCCAACGAGAAAGUCAAGAGCGGAUGGAUGACAGACAGAGUAGACAACCUGUUCAGAUCGCUCGACGACAGGUGUGGGGUACGAGACUGGUUCACGCCCGCAAACGAAGGCGUGAACGCGAAGACGAAGACGCAGUCGACGAUGCGGCGACAGCGGAGGUGA